AUGCCCUCAAAGCUAUUUGAGCUAGAGCCUAGAAGUUUUACCCAUCAUGCAAAGCGAGAUGAAGAAUUUACAGGAAGUGUUACAUCCUUCGAAGUAAGCGUUGGUGCACGUGGUAAUCAAAAAUACGGACAAUGA